AUGGCCAUUCUUCUGCGACGAGAAUGCGACGCGAGUAAUGCGAAUUCGGCCGAGUGUGAGAAGCCCGUCAGCGAUUUUCUCAAGACAGGCGUGCCGGGCAUUAUCGUGGGGAUACUCGUCCUGAUCGCGAUCUGUGUCUGCUGCUACUUUCUCUACCGGAAUAAGAGACGAGAUGCGCGCGAGGCCGAGGACGCGCGCCGCUGGAAUGUCGACGACCGGUAG